UACCCCUUUAAGCAUCAGGGCGUACCUGGGUCCUUAAGGGGUUAAUAAAAAACUAUUUUGGAAAAAAUAAAAACAGAGAAUGUACCAUAUCAUAGACAGUAUUGCAUUCCGUGCGGAGUCCACAGAAAAAAAAUAGACAUGUCUAUUCUUUCUGCGGACAUUGGAAUUUGAAUUUCUGCACCUGAAGUUUCUGGUACGGAAAUUCUGCUAUGUGAACAGUGCAGCAAAAUCCCAUUGCUGCGGAAUUCUGCAUAGAAAUUCUGGUGUGUGAACAUUGCCUUACUGCAGUCCUAUGUAAACCACCACUACCUCAAUGUAAACUAUGAAGGGUUAAGCCACUCCACGCUGAUUGAUGAUAGAAUUCACUAGUGACCCUUAAUGAUACACCUCACACCUGACAUCUCCCGUCCUAUCACAGAGCGGCUCUGGUAUCAUUCACAAGGUAUAAAGCUCCAGGCUAUAGCAGACUGAGGUAUAGGGGGCUGCUGACAAGAUGGGAUUCUGUGGAGCAGGUUUGGGGAUUGCACUGGUCCUUUGGACCUAUUGGCUGGGAUCUGUAGUGUGUGCAGUACAGGACUACUGGGAUGAUCCUUCCCAUCUGCAUUGUGGAUCUGAAGCGAUGGAGUUUUCUCUCCCUUCUUUGCUGGAGGAUGCAGCCUUUGCUUUGACCAUCAUUGACAAGGAUGGACAAUCUCACAAUCUUCACAAUGACUCCUCUUGUGGAACCUGGAUUGGACAGAAAUCUGACAGCUCAGUGGUGAUUGGUUCUUCCUUUGAUGGAUGCUAUGUGAGCAAGGAGAAUGGGAACUACGUGUUGACAAUCGUUCUGGAAGAAACUCAUGAUGGGAAAUCCCAAUAUCACAAGAAGGAUCUUAUGUGCCCCAUUCAUCCUGCUCUUCCAGCUAUGGAUGCUCCUAGUGCGAGUGAGUGCGCUUCAGUUCAGCAAGCUGACCGUCUGCAGUGUGCCAAUGACUCUGUAUCCAGAGAGAUCUGUGAAGGCCUUGGAUGCUGCUUCUCUCAGGAUGUCGCCCUGCGCUGCUUCUAUGGAAAGAAAUUGACUGCCUACUGUUCUGCUGAUAAUAACAUGGUGGUUGCCAUCUCAAAAGAUAUUACCCUUCCAUCUCUAAUCUUGGACUCUGUACGAGUAGUGGAUGUGGAUUCCAACUCCUGCCCCAACCUCAGGGCAGCAACAACUGCAUCAUUUGUUGGAUACCAGAUCCCUUUGUCCUGCAGAAGUCCCAAGCAGGUGGCUGAUAUGUCCAUAGUGUAUGAAGUCAUAUUUGAGGCAUCAAAAAAUAUAAGGACUUGGCCAAUGGGAUCCAUCACUAGAGACAGUACAAUGAGGGUGACUGUACGCUGCAGCUACUCCAAUUCUGGUAUUACCCCUCUGCAAGUAGAAGUUCUGACCCUUCCUCCACCUCUCCCUGUAUCUACAUCUGGACCUCUGCUCCUGGAGAUGAGAAUAAGUAAAGAUGGGCAGUAUACCACAUACUAUGCAGAUCAAGAUUAUCCUAUUGAGAGAAUAUUAAGGGAUCCUGUAGAUGUCGAAGUUCGGAUUCUGCAGAGGACUGACCCCAGCAUAAUCCUGGUCUUAAACAACUGUUGGGCCACCAAUUCUCCUGUGCCUACUGAUGCUCCCCAAUGGCCCAUCUUAUUAAACAGCUGCCCUUUUGAAGGAGACAACUAUCUUACCCAGCUGGUUCCUGUUGGCCCUUCCACACAGGCCGUGCCUUUCCCAACACACUACAGGCGCUUCAUUGUAAGCACCUUCACCUUUGUGGAUUCUAGCACCCAGACUGCUCUUAAUGGAUUGGUGUACUUCCACUGCAGCACUUCUGUAUGUGUCCCAUCUGCCACGGAGUCAUGUUCUGUGAACUGCACCCCAAGGAAUAAGAGAACCGCUAAAUUGUGGGAACCAGAAGAUUCUCCUACCAUGGUCACAUCUCAUGGCCCAGUUAUAUUUUAUUCUGACGAGAGGAGAGCAGAGAUUCUCAAUCAGGAGGAAGGUGCCGUUUCUGAGCUUGCCCUGGUUUUCCUACAAGGAGCAGCCGCUGCUGGUCUUGUCUUGAUGGUGUUACUCCUUGGUAUUUACUUGUACAGAAGACCAAAGAAAUGUGCAGUGUCCACUGUGAAUGCUUAAAUAAAGCAGAGCU